UCUGCACCGAAUAGAUAAGCCGCUGAGGGUUAGGGAGACACUUUAGACCUGACUUUGGCGUCCGAGGGGAAGGGUCUCCCGGAAUAAACAAAGAUCACGUGGUGAAAAUAACACGUCAUAAGGCGGGACUUCCUGUAAAAGAGCACGUGCUAGCCCUGUCAUGUAUUCACGCUCAUUCAUACAGCAGGAGUCACCUGUCAACAGCGAGGACCGACUCACCAGCUCCAGCUGACAGAAUCAAUGGCCUCCCCGGCAAACAUGUUGCCACAAGAGCAGUUCCAGUGCACCAUCUGCCAGCAGGUGUUCAGCGACCCAGUGACCACUCCUUGUGGACACAACUUCUGCCAGUCCUGCAUCCAGAGCGUGUGGGACAGCAGCUCCACCUGCCAGUGCCCCACCUGCAAUAAAUCCUUCACCUCCCGGCCUGAAAUAAGCGUCAACACGGCCUUCAAGGAGCUGGCGGACAGCUUUAGGCAGAUGGUGUCGUGCUCGUCCGCCUCGCCGCUGUCCGCAGUCAAACCGGGCGAGGUGGUGUGCGACGUCUGCGCCGCCACGGCCCGGCAGGUGAGGGCCCAGAAGUCCUGCCUGGCGUGUCUGACGUCGUACUGCGAAGCCCACCUGGAGCCCCACCGCAGGGUCGCCACGCUGAGGCUGCACAAGCUCAUGGAGCCGGUGGGGGACCUGCAGGACCGGAUGUGUAAGAAGCACGAGAGGCUGCUGGAGAUGUUCUGCAGGGACGAGCAGAAGUGCGUUUGUCAGUUCUGCACCGAGACCGAGCACAAAGACCACCGGGCCGUCACGAUAGAGGACGAGAGCAGCGAGAGGAAGGUCCAAAUGAAGAAGACCAAGGCAGAUUUUCAGCAGAUGAUCCAGGAGCGACUGAAGAAAGUGGAGGAGAUCCAAAACUGUCUGAAGCUCAGCGUGGCGAGUGCAGAGCAGGAGAUGGCUGAGACUGACCGUCUCUUAGCAUCUCUGAUCGUCUCUGUCCAGGAGAGGCAGACCGAAGUCCACUCGGAGAUCGAGGAGAAGCAGAAAGCAGCGGAGAGGAGAGCCGAGGAGCUGGUGGAUGAGCUGCAGCAGGAGAUCAGGGAGCUGCAGAGGAGGAGCACUGAGCUAGAGGAGCUGAGGAGCACCGAGGACCACCUGCACCUCCUACAGAGGUUGCCCUCUCUGAUGUCACCUCCACCCACCAGACAGUGGAUGGAGAUCAGCGUCCAUCCUGAACUCUGCGUGGGGAUGCUGAGGAGAGCGCUGUCUAAACUGGACAACGGCCUGAAGGAAGAGCUGGAAAGAUUGAAGAAAGAAGAGAUGAAGAGGAUGCAGAAGUAUGCAGUUGACGUGGUGUUGGACCCAAACACCGCCCAUCCAAACAUCGUCCUGUCUGCUGAUGGCAAGCAGGCCGGCCGUGGCGAGCUACUCCACAUUGUUCCUGACAAUCCACAACGCUUCGACCCCGUCAUCUGCGUCUUGAGCAAGAAGGGCUUCCUGUCUGGGAGGAUCUACUUCCAGGUUGAGGUGGGACAGAAGACCUUCUGGGAUCUGGGCAUGGUCAAAGAGUCGGUCAACAGGAAGGGCAUGAUCACCUCCAAGCCGGAGAACGGCUUCUGGACGGUGCGUUUGAGGAACGGCAGCGAGUACAGGGCUCUGGACUCCCCGUCUGUGGUUCUGUCUCUGAAGGGGAAGCCACAGACGGUGGGAGUGUUUCUGGAUUAUGAGGAGGGAAUAGUGUCAUUCUUUGACGCGGAGAACAGAUCUCACAUCUACACCUUCAGCGGCUGCUCCUUCUCAGAAAGGAUCUUCCCCUUCCUCAGCCCGGGGGUUUGUGACAAUGGGAAGAACACGGCGCCGUUGGUCAUCUCAACUGUCAAUCACAAGAAAUAAGGAUGCUUCAUAUCACAGAACUGAUGCAGUACUCAAUAGUAAAGUCUUGUUUUCUCUAUAUUGGGUUCUAAUCUGAAGGUCUGAAGGUGAUUUUCUCUUUCUGAAUUGUAUAUACUUAAUUUAAGACAAAGUUGAUUGAUUUUUUUUGCACUGAAUGCAAUAGACAGAGCAACACAUUGGCAUGGUGGCCAAUUUAUCUGCGCUUGACUUCCAACUCUGAUAUAUGAUUUUAUUGUAGCAGUUCCUGUGGAUCAGGAUCCAGGAUGACAUGCAGCUCACACCAGACUAGCAUUAAGCAAAAUUAAACCUCUGAGAAAACAGAACUCACUCCUGCCAGAAGACCAGCAGCUGAUCUUAUUAUAGAUUUCAUAGUGUUGCUUUGUGUUUAAACCUGCUCAGGAAUGAAACACAGCAUUAAAAUUUAUUUACAAUCAUCCUUGAAACCCAGUCAGCUGUUUUAAUGUGAGGCAGCAACAAGCUCAACAAUGCCAUCAGUGUUACGUUCAUAAGAAGCAAAAUCUACAAGAUUCUUUGACUUUAAGUAUUAAACUAUUAAUGUACUGGUUGGUAUUGUUGUGGAGGCAGGUAAUAGCCUUAUAUCAGAGCUGCAGCUGACCACCACGUUUGUUAUCGAUAAAUUAUUUGGUAAAUGGUGACAAAAGCCCGUCAUAGUUCUUGACAUCCGAAGUUUACGACUUUCAACUUGUUAUUCUGUCCAAUUAACAAUCCAGAGCCCAAAAUAUUCAACAUAUUCUCAUGGACAAGACCCAGAAAUGCAGUUCUUACAAUUUUGCUUGGAAAGUUACUUACAAAGUCCUGUCAUCAAUACCGAACCAAAAGAAACUAUCUGAAAAAUGAUUCCGUAGAGAAUCUAUUUUAGCUUAAUUACCUUAGAGUGAUAUUUAUGGCGCAUAAAGGAACCAUUUCGUAGAACUGAUAAUGGUUCUUCUGUGGUAUCAUUGUGAAGAACCAUUUUCAUGCAUUCAGCAACAUAAAAUGCGUCAUGUUUGAUGUUCUGAAGGACUGGUUGUAUUCCUGGGUGGAGGUUUAGUUCAGUGGUGUAGUGGUCCCUGGAGAAGUGGGUAUACUCUUAAUUUUCACCUUUUUUUUAAUUAGUCCAGAAAAACGCCCUGUUUUAGAAACAGUGACAUAGAAGACUACUCUAUUCAAUUUAUUCAGUCAUUUCUACUUGCCCACUAUUAUAAAAUUAUCAUGACUUGAUUAGGAGCAGUUUGUAGUUAUUACUGGUCACACAAGCAAACUGGAUUAAUGUAACAUGUAUUUACCAUGAGGCAAACAUGGUGU